UGUCAGCGCCAGUGCUAGCUCGAACAUUGCUUCCGGUUCAGAAUCAGCAUCUAGUGCUUCAGCUUCAGCUUCAGAAUCAGCAUCUAAUGCUAAUGCUUCAGCUUCUGAAUCAGCAUCUAGUGCUAAUGUUUCUGCUUCCGAUUCAGCCACCAGUGCUUCCGAAUCAAGUUCUGCUUUUGUUGAAUCAGUAUCUGGCUCUGGUGUUUUAUCUUCGGCUUCUGAUUCAAGUUUACGAGCCUCCACUUCUGGCUUCGUUACAGCUUCUGAAUCAGCCUCAGGCUCUUGGCCUACAUCUAUUGAUGGUAUUCCAACAACAUUGCAAAACUGCGACGUUGCACUCAAUUCAUGGAAAACAAUAGUCAAUGGUAUUGAAACUAUAAUGUACUUACCAACUGCAGCAACACCAGUUGUUGAUGCUUCUGAGGUAGAUGUCGUAUUUGGUACCAACACAUUCAUUGGAGCUUCAGCCUCAACCAUUUUGAGUCUUUAUCAGUCAUGUGCUUCGAAUGUUUCUUCUAGUGCUGGCGUUGUUUCAAGUAUGAAUUUUGCCUCUGAGUCUAUUUCUGCUUCCGAAUCAAGUAGUCAACUUGCGUCUGGUUCUUCUGACUCUGUUUCUGGUAUUUCCGCAUCUAAUGCAAUUUCUGGUGUAUCUCAAUCCAUUUCUGGAGCAUCUGAAUUGAUUGUUAGUGCUUCUUCAAGAGAGUUAAAUUCUGAAUCAUUUUCUGGUGUGUCCUCUUCUGGUACUUCACUUUCGGAUGCUUCUGCUUUAGAUUCCGAAUCAACUGUUACUGGUGAAUCAGCAUCUGUCGCUUCUAGAUUUGAGUCGGAUUUUGUUGUUUCUGGCUCUGGCUCUGUCGUUACUAGAUCUGAAUCUGCUUCUGUUGCAACUGAUUUUCCCAUUUCAGAAUACAAUUCUGAAUCCAAACUUGCCAGAGCCAGUUCAAGUAUGUCAGCCUCAAACGCUGAAUCAGUAUCUGAAUCAGUGACUUCGGCUGUUUCUAUUAAAUUGAGCAGUUCUAAUGGCUUGUCUUUGUCCACAUCAGGAACUGAUUCAAGUGUUUCUGAUAUAUUGAUUUUAGAAUCAUCUUCAUCCUCUUUUGUCUGGCCAACCUCAGUCGAUGGGGUUGCCACUACAAUACAAAACUGUGAAGUUGAGCUCAAUUCAUGGACUACAUCUGUUGAUGGUGUUGCAACUACUAUCUACUUACCAAUUGCUGCAACACCAGUUGUUGAUGCUUCUGCAGUCGAUGUUGCUUUCGGUACACACACUUUUACUGGUGGAUAUGCAUCAACUCUUUUGGGGUUAUAUGAAUCAUGUUUCAGUGCAUCAAGUAGUUCAAUGAAGGCAUCUGCUGCUGCUUCAGCAACUGCGUCUGUCACAGAUGCAUCUUCCUCAUCUUUUGUUUGGCCAACUUCAGUCGAUGGGGUUGCCACUACAGUUCAAAACUGUAACGUUGAACUCUAUUCAUGGACCACAUCUGUUAACGGAGUUGCAACUACUAUCUACUUACCAGUGGAUGCAUCGCCAGUAGUUGAAGCGUCUGAGAUUGAUGUUGCUUUUGGCACCAAUACCUUGACCGGUACAUACGCAUCAAGUCUUUUGAUUGCAUAUGAGUCUUGUGUUAUUGAAUCAAGUAGCUCUUUGCAAUCAUCAGCUACUGCAACUUCCUCAAGUGAAGACGAGAGUAUCACAUACGAUGAAUCGACCUCUUCAGUUGAAAGCUUACCAACUUCUUCUGGAUUUUCUACUUUGAGUAUUUCUACGUUGGGCAGUGCUACUUCUCUGUCUUUUGUUCACAGUAGUAGAUUUAGUUAUGCUAACUCAACUGUUGUGAAUAUACAGUCAGCCAGUAUAUCCGCGUCGACCAUCGAUGCUGACUCUUCAUCAAUGACUGUAUCAGGUGAUGACAUAUCUGUGUCUAGCGAUGCUUUCCUGACUUCAAUUGCAGGUGCUGCAACAACAACUGCUUCAGCUGCUAAAUCCGUUAUUACCUCUGAAUCAACCUCAAGUGCUAGUGAUGCUUCAGGUGAAUCAUCUACUUCAGUUGCGUAUGCAACAACUAUGGCUGCAUCUGAUACCACUUUCUCUGAAAGUUCAGAUGUCAUCGGUUCUAAUACUGUGGCCAAGUCAUCCGGUACCACUGGAGAAUCAAGCUCAUCUGGCAGUGACUCCGCUGGAGUUAGCGAAAGUGACGGCUUACUGAAUGUCAUCGGAAGCCCUACAGAAAGCUCACUUUUGCCUACAAUUUCUGCUGUGUCCUAUAGUGCAGAUUCUUCUAGUGCCACUCCUCCAUCUAGUGAAUCAGAUUCUGGUAAUGCCAAUACUGCAAUAGAAUCACUGUAUGUACCUACUCCAGGUAGCUCAGUUGGAACUACUGCAACUGUCGUUUCAUCUUUGGGAAGUGCUUCUUUAGGAUCCUCUUCUGAUUUAUCUGGUACUUCAAUUUCUAGUUCAAAUGGAGCCGCAAUUCUUUCAACUUCUAGUUCAGGAUCAUCUGCUUCCACUGAUAGUUCUGUCUUUGUUACUUCUGCUUCCAACAAUGCCGUUCGUUCCGCUGAAUCAUAUAACGACGUUACCACCACACCAAGCGUUGCAAGCUCAGGUGGCAUUACCACCUCGAAUUCCGACGAAAAGUAUGAUUCACAAAUGAGCUCCGUUCCACCACCAACUAUUAUCACUGUCACCACAACCGUUCCUAUUAUGAGUACUGUUACCGAAGAUUGUCAAUCUUAUGAGAAGUACACCACCUCAACAGUUGUUGUUUCUGCUCUUACCGAAACACUUCCAAAUGGUAGUACGAUAACUAGAACUGUCAGCUCAACCGAAUCCAUAAUCACAUCUAGUGUGGUUACCGGAACAUUGGUUAUCACCACUCUUCCUGAUAUUGGAGUUGUCACCAUGUCUAUUCUGUUGCCAUCAAUGACUACUUACGCAAGACCUUGUGUGAGUGUCCUUACAACAACUGAUGAGCACGGUAACGAUGCCACCACGACCGUCAAUUUAGUGAAAACAAUCACCACUACUUUCUGUCCUGCAACUGGUGAGAAUGGAAGCAUCGUCACUGUCAACGGCGAGCAACCUGAGACUAUUAUCAAUGUUUCUACCACCGUUGUCACUGUUACUAGUUGUUCUGACAACAAAUGCUCUGAAGCUACCAAAACAUCUGGUUAUUACGUAGCUGCUCAAGGACCAACAACGUAUACUUCAUACGUUCCUACGGAAGCAGAAGAGUAUUACGAAGGUCCUAAACUUCAAUCCAAGACUAUUACCAUUGGGGAUUUGACUACUGUUGGAUACGCCUUAAGCACAAACACCCCUGCUUCUGAAAUCAUCCAUACCACAGUAUUGAACUACAACUCUUGUUCUGGUGAGGAAUGUGUUGCUACUUCAAAGACCACUGGUUAUGUUGUCUAUAUUACUCAAGGAGUGACAGAGACUAAGUUUGUUCCAUGCCAGACACCUUCCGUUGCAACCGCUGGACAAACCACCAUAUAUGAGAAUGAAACUCCAACUGUUACUGGUUACACUAUUACCACCAAUAGUAAAGGAGAAUUAAAGACCUCGUAUGUUCCAUUAUCCGAAGUUAUUGGUACUUCUGCUCCAGUUGCUAUUAGUAGCCCUGGCUCCAACUACAGCACACCUUCAAUUCUGCAAUUAUCUUCUGAUUCCAGAAAGAUCGGUGUUUCCUUAGCAUCCAUUGUUUUUGCUUUCUUAAUUGCUUUGACGGCUGCAGAAACUAAUUAA